AUGGCUGCCAAUCAAAACGUGACUAAGAAGAAGAAGGCCGUUUUGGGCGGAAUCUUCAAGGCUGAGCUUAACAACUUCUUGAUGAAGGAGCUUGCUGAGGAUGGAUACUCUGGUGUCGAAGUUCGUAGCACUCCAGCUAGAGCUGAGGUCAUCAUCAUGGCUACCCGCACUCAAAACGUUCUUGGAGAGCGUGGACGCCGUAUUAAGGAGCUCACGUCUGUAGUCCAAAAGAGAUUCGGAUUUGAGGAAGGAUCCGUCGAGCUUUACGCCGAGAAGGUUUCCAACAGAGGUCUCUGCGCUGUUGCCCAGUGCGAGUCUCUUCGCUACAAGUUGGUUGGUGGACUUGCCGUCCGUCGUGCUUGCUACGGAGUCCUCCGAUUUAUCAUGGAAUCUGGAGCUCAAGGAGUCGAGGUCAUCGUCUCUGGAAAGCUCAGAGGACAGCGUGCUAAGGCUAUGAAGUUCGUUGACGGACUUAUGAUUCAUUCCGGAAACCCAGUCAACGAUUACAUUCAGCAAGCCGUCAGACACGUUCAACUUCGUCAAGGAGUCAUUGGUAUCAAGGUCAAGAUCAUGCUCCCAUACGACCCACGUGGACAGAACGGACCUAAGAACGCUCUUCCAGACCACGUCCAAAUCGAGGACCCAAUCGACGAGCCACUUCCGAAGGAGCCAAUCUCGCAGCACAAGGAAGAGAAGAAGGACAUCCAAAUUCCAUCAGCACAGCCAGUGGCUCCAGUCCAAUAA